GUGGUGAAACGGCCUGUUGAUGGUGAAACGGCCUGUUGAUGGUGAAACGGCCUGUUGAUGGUGCAACACACUGUCGUUCAUGCAGCACACUGUUCUUCAUGCAACACACUGCUCGUGGAUUAUGGUGCAUGGGCUGCUGCUUAUCACGACGAAGAUCAUCGCACAAACCAUGACCAGAGGGUGGCAGAACUAAGUGAGGGUCUCACGAGCUCCAGUGCUCACCUUUACUAUAUAACUACACCACUUUGCUCGUAUUGGAAAGACAUUUCAUAGACGUUCAUAUAGCAUCAACAUCGACAAUCAUGGGCAGAAAAUUCUUGAUCUACAGGAAAGUCAUCUCCAGAAUUCACCUCUUAGAAUCAAUCGCAUCGUUUGCGCUGAUCUGGGCGAUGAUCUUCUCCACUCCGUCCUACUCCUCACACAACUACACAAUCCAGUUAGAUAUGUCUCAGUUCCAGUCAAGCAAUUCCACUUCUCUGUCCCCAGUUUACCGUCUAGGUGCGUUGGGCUACUGCACUGGUAGCAUCACCAACGGCAAUUUUGAUCAAACAUCUUGUCAUAAUAUGAACGGGCUGGAGUUGGACAUAAAGCAUCUUUUCAAGAAUGAUCCAGAAGUCCCAGUCCCACACCUUUCAAGAGCUCAUAGUGUCUCUGAAUUGCUCUACCAUGGAUGUCUUGCAGCUGCUAGCUUUUCCUUGAUCUGCAUCGUCCUGGACAUCUUCAAUUUUGCAAUAUUGAGAAGGAUGGACUACACUCCUAGGAAGUUGAAGGCAUAUGUUUCGAUCUACAUCGCUAGUAUUUGCUCGCAGAUCAUUGUCUGGACUAUUAUGUGUGCAGUCUCGACGACUGUUAUUAAUCUCGUGGUUGAGCUGGCCAACGCUUACGGUGAUGAGCUCGCUUACACUGGUAUUGUUGUUGAUGUUGGAGUUACAGCUCUGGUUUUAAUGAGGGUCUCAUUUUCAUUAGGGUUAAUGUCAUCCUUCCUGAAAUCUCUGUUGGUUAUAUCAUACUUUGUGAAGAGCAGAAGGAACAGAAAUGCCGUCAAAGAGACUGUGGAUCAUUCGUUCAAAGAAGAAGGUGUGGAGAUGACAAUCGACUGCUCCACGGUUGGUGAUGUGUUUAUCACUGGUACACGCUAGUUCUACAAUGGCCUAAAAUGGCUUAAAUAAGAAUUAAAAGAACUAAUACAUACAAAAGGAAAUACAACACUCUUCUCACAGCAACCAGUCAAUGAACUUACCCCAAACGGUAGUUGGUGGAAUGGUUUUAGCCUCGAAAUCUGCUUCAAUCUGUUCUGCUUCAUCAAGGCCAGUAAUAACAUCAAUUUCAUCAACUGGAUGACCCCAACUCCAAUCUCUAGUGAACAGCUUGUGACCGAAAUACAACAAGAAGAACACAGGUAAGGUCAAAUAAGC